AUUUAGUAUAGUUUACAAGGACCUACAUGCACUUAACAUUCUUAGAGAAAUAGCCCAUUUUCCAAUAGGCAACACCUUCCAAUAUAAAGCAGAAAUCCCCAUGGAGGCUAAUUUGGUCAUUCACCAAUCACAAAAUUCCAUAGAUCUAUUAUAGAUAAACUCGUAAUAUUACUCAUAAUCUAAUGGUAUUUCAUUAACCAAAUCCUAUUUAUAACCCCUCCACUCAACUCAUUUUCUCCCAAUUCUAUUUUCCUCCUUCUUCACUUUGCUUAGCAAACAAGAAAAAAAAACAUCAAAUUUUCUCUCACCAUGGCUAUGGCUUUUAAGAUGGCGACGACGGGCAUGUGGGUAACUGAUGAAUGCAAGAAUUCAUACAUGGAUAUGAAAUGGAAGAAAGUUCAUAGGUACAUAGUAUUCAAGAUUGAUGAAAAAUCAAGAUUAGUCACAGUUGACAAAGUUGGUGGACCUGGUGAAAACUAUGAGGAUUUGGCUGCAGCUCUACCUAAAGAUGAUUGUCGAUAUGCUGUGUUUGAUUUUGAUUUUGUUACUGUUGAUAAUUGCAAAAAAAGCAAGAUCUUCUUCAUUGCCUGGUCACCAACAGAAUCAAGAAUCAGAGCAAAAAUAUUGUACGCAACAUCAAAAGCAGGACUGAGAAGAGUGCUAGAUGGAAUUAGCUAUGAACUUCAAGCAACUGAUCCAACUGAGAUGGGAAUUGAUGUGAUCAAGGACAGAGCUAAAUAAUUUUUUCUUUUUUAAUUAGCAAACAAAUUAAUGCACUGUUUUUUUUUGUUUGUCAUCUUUUGAAAAACUUUGUUUUUACUUAUAAUAAUGAAUCCACUUAGAGGGCAAAGAUGCUUUUUUCUUUC